GAGAGACUGCCACACUUCGAGAGAUGCUUUUAGAACAACAAACGUAUGAGGGGUCAGUUAUUGUCGCAGAUGCGCGAAGAGUCAGUGUCGGCCAAGCUACGAGCCUACCUAUAGAGAUUAGAGGUAGGCUCUCCGACAUGGAAUGAAGACACUUUUAUUAAUGCAAGAGAUGCGCGCGGUGCGACUUCACUACCAAAGCCUCCUAGUAAUCGACAGGAAACAUGAGACAUGAGACUGGGGUUCGCAUCUUCCCUCCACGCCUCUCCUCCCACUUGAACGUGUGAGGUCUAUCUCCGCCUGAUUCGAAGUGGCUAUGUCCGACAACCGCUCGCCCACUUCCUGGUUUGAAGCUGCCAUAGGAGAUACGGUACGUCAUAUUCCACCUUAUGUCGAGAACCGAUCAUCCGAUGAUCGGCCACUUUCUCGAAAAUCAGUGGUCCUGUACGGACGUACAAGCCGAGGUUGGACCUUGAAUGGAGGAAAGAUGGUAAUGGAGACAACAACGGCGACGAAAUCUUCAGGAAACGAGGACACAAGAGAAGGAACGAUGCAGCAAUUCUUGCUGCGAGGUGUGAUUUCGACGGCUGGCAACUCAGCUGGAGCUGUCUGUGACUGCUCAAGUCAAUAGUCACGACUCCCACAAUGCUCUACAAUCGUCGGCCGAGCAAGCUGUGAAGUCUCGAUCGGAAUCACUGUCACGUCCCCUGGCGGCGUGUAGCCUCUGCGCCAGAUUACCCUCCGUUCUUCGUGGAUUCUACGAGACUCCACUUCGUCGUCCUGGCCCGUCAUCUCCACUGUCGUCAGCUACAGGCCUAGUGGACAGAAGGAUCGGCCGGGACCUCGACGUAAGACUGGCGUUACCGAGCGGCUGGAACGACCGUCCUGGCCACGGCCGUCAAGCUCGAGGUCCCCUGCGCUGAUGCCGUUGCUUCUCCGGCGUUGAUCUGCACGGUGGC